AAGCAUGCACACUAUCUCUACAGAAGAAGCAAAACUCAUGCAUGUUCAGUUGCUCAAGCACUUGAAUGCAUCAAACCAUGACAAAUAGGCUCUGUCAAAUGAAUAUCCCAAUGAUUCAGCUGCUUCUGCUGGUGUUCCUGUUCCUUGGACCAUUUUGUUCACCUGCACCACGACUCUCGAAAAAGGAGGAGUGCCUCUUAGAAAACAGCAAACUACAGAAGAAGUUGAAAAUGCUUCAAGAUUUAUUCCAGUUAUGCGAAUUUCAGUUGAAAGACUUGCUGGGGAACAAUUAUCACAGAAGAAAAAGCAAUGUUUUCUCUGCCAGGAAGGCAGUAUCUCUGGAUAUGUUUUUCCCCACAACUAGUGGAAGUCUCUUAGUCUAUGAUCAAGAUUGUGCAAUGCUGUUUAACAGAGGAAAAAGAGAAAGUGGGUACUAUAGAAUUAAACCACGACAGGACAGAGAACCUUUCCUUGUGUACUGUGAUAUGUCAGAUGGAGGCGGUUGGACGGUAAUUCAACGGCGGUGCAACGGCAAAGAAAAUUUCUACCGAGAGUGGCUUGAUUACAAAGAAGGUUUCGGACAAUUACAGGGCAAGGAUGAUGAAUAUUGGCUUGGUAAUGAUAAGAUUUAUGAUCUUCUUUUCAAUGGUGCCAUGCAGCAAAUCUUAAUGGACGAUAUUACAAGAAAGGGACAUACUCCAGUCCCUUUGAUAAUGGAGUGGUUUGGUCAACCUGGCGAGGCCUGUGGUAUUCCCUGAAAUAUACAGCUAUGAAAAUCAGGUUCCAGUCCUUCCUGGAUGGAGAGAGUGGAAAUGGUGAAAUCAAUUGAAGGGUUUUUUUUUCCAUGCACGUUUGAGAAAGAGAAGCAGGCAUGUCAAAAUUACUGUAUAUGUGGACCUUGGCUUGAGACCCAGCACACUGAAAAAAAAUCUUAACAGUAGGAGCUAAAUUAGAUUUUGCUGUGGUUUGUCAAUCAUUGUA